CCCCUCCCCUGAAAGGGUACUGAUUACUGGAGCAGAGCUGAAUGAGGAAGAGCGGUGAUCGAUCUGAUGAAGACUGUGAUCCACUGCUGCUGCUGAAGAUGAUGAUGAUGAUGGACUUCCAGACGCGAUCAGGACAGACUGCGGUUCUCGUGCGGCUACAGUGAUGACAUAACUCCGCAGAUGCCGGCCUGCUGUGAUUGGUCGGCUGCAGUGGAGUGAGCUGUAGCUCCGAGCUGGUUAUUGUUUCUAUAGGAAUCUACACCUGAAUGCAGCGUGCAGCACAUUUGCUUCCUGGAACGCAACGCAACCCCCGACUUUCACGCAGGAGGAAAUUCACGCCGCACACACAUGGCACACGCUGUGGGUCUCAGAGGUCAGACGGCGGCGCCACAGAGCCCACAGGCUCAUCUGCAGAUCUCUGGUGGCUUGUUUCUGUCACUGCUUUGUCAUCAUCGACCAGAUGACACUCAAGUCAAACGAUCUUGUGGGACGGGUGCACCGGCGAUCGGCGGAGCGUCUUCGGGACUUGUGCUGCGCCAACCGUGGGACUUUCAUCAAAGUGGGCCAGCACCUGGGGGCUCUGGACUACCUGCUGCCCGAAGAGUACACGUCCACCCUGAAGGUGCUCCACAGCAGCGCUCCUCAGAGCAGCAUGGAGGAAAUCCGGCAGGUCAUCAGGGAGGAUCUGGGCAAAGAGCUGUCAGACUUGUUCGUUUCCUUCGAGGAGAGACCUCAGGGUGCCGCCUCUUUAGCACAGGUUCAUAAGGCAGUGCUGCAUGAUGGGAGAACGGUGGCCCUCAAGAUCCAGCACCCCAAAGUCCAAACACAAAGCUCCAAGGACAUAAUGGUGAUGGAGGUGUUGUUGAAGGCCAUCCAUUGGCUUUUCCCAGACUUUGCCUUCAUGUGGUUGGUGGAAGAGGCCAAGAAGAACAUGCCGCUGGAGCUGGACUUCCUCAACGAGGGACAUAACGCUGAAAAGGUGGCCAGCAUGUUGGCACACUUUCCCUUUCUUAAGGUUCCCAUGAUCCACUGGGAUCUGUCCACCAAGAGGAUCUUAACCAUGGAGUUUAUUGAGGGGGGGCAGGUCAAUGACAAAAACUACAUGAAGGAACACGACAUCAAUGUGAACGAGAUCUCGGAGAAUCUGGGCAAACUCUACAGUGAGAUGAUCUUUGUCCACGGCUUUGUCCACUGCGACCCCCACCCAGGCAACGUGCUGGUCCGAAAAUGUCCCCAAAGCAAGAAGAUGGAGAUCGUCCUCCUCGAUCACGGCCUGUAUCAGGCCUUGCAGCCGGAUUUCCGCUUGAACUACUGCCGCCUGUGGAUGUCGCUGAUCAAAGGCGACAUGUCCGGCGUGGAGCGUUACAGCCGCAGGCUGGGAGCUGGAGAUCUGUACCCGCUGUUCGCCUGCGUGCUGACGGCCCGGUCCUGGGACGCUGUGAACGCCGGCAUCAGCUCUGUACCCGUCACUCAUGCGGAGGACGUUGAGAUCCGGACCAACGCGGCUCUCUACCUGCCUCAGAUCAGCGAUUUGUUGAACCGAGUUCCCCGACAGAUGCUGCUGCUGCUGAAGACCAACGAUCUGCUGAGAGGCAUCGAGACCACACUGCAAACCAGAGCUGCUUCCUCAUCUUUCAUCAACAUGUCCCGCUGCUGCAUCCGGGCCAUGGCCAGGCACAAGAGGAGCAGGGCUCAGUCCAGGAGGAGGCGUCUGCAGAUCGCGCUGACCGAGUCUCUGAGUUUGUGGAAGCUCUCCGUGUACGAACUCUUCCUGUGGGUCAGGGGUUCCAUGCUGGCGCGCUGGCUCGCCGCUUUGCUGCCGCCGUUUCUGCACUGACAUGGAUCAGGAAAUAUCACUCCAGCGUUAGACUUUAAGGGGAAAUGAUCAAGAAUAUCAGCAUGUGGGGAAACGUUUGACAUCCCAGUGAAAUACGAGCUGUUUGUUAAUUUAUAAUCCUAAUAUUUUCCCCUGAGAUAUGUGCCAUGGGAACCACCGCCGGCCGGCUCAGUGAAACACCAGGAUGGAUGAACCCAGAGUUAUCGCACGGCAGCAGAUAACGGCAGAGCGUCCAUCUUCCAUCCCGUACACCACCAAGGUGGAGACGCUGCUGAUAACCAGCUGCUGUCUAAUAUGAAGGCAUUUAUCUGGACGCCGCUGAUCUCCAGUCCUGCUCGGUGUCGGACCACUGCCUCAUUCCCCACAAGUUUUCAGAUUCCACUUCACGAGAGAACUCUUCUGCCGUAAUGCUUGCUUAUUUGCCACGGUUUCUGGUGCUCCACCUUUCUUCCUCGAGCUCACCGACUGAAAUGCGGCUUUCAUGCACGGACCUGUUACUGUUCUGAUCAGACAUGAGCUCUUCUGUCUGUUUUUGAUUUUUGGAGAAAUCCCUACAGUCUUUUCUCGUCUCCACCCCGGACCUACCUCAGGAGGCCUUGUUGAGUCGUUUCAGUUUUUUCAGCUUUUUUUCAGUUUUGCUCAAUGUUUCAGUCCGCUUUAAUGCUAGCGUUAGUGUGAUUGGUGGAAGUCGUCCAUCUGCAGCAGAAAGCCGACUGGGUGCUCAGUUUGGGCAGCUGCUGAAAAAAAUGGGCAAAGUGAAACACACCUCUGGAUCUUGCCGAUCCAUCGCUCGGUUCCUCUUAAGGUGCGAGUUGUUUCAGAUUCUGAGCACAGACAGAUAUCACAGGACAAGCUUCACUCAGCAAUCUCAAAGUUCCUCAGGCUUUGGGAAGGAACAUAAAUUAUGCUGAAACUAAACUUUAAAAAAUAAAGAAUCCUCCAGAAAUCAGAAGUGAAGAGUGAAGAACCUUCUGUGGCUUUCCUACAGGAAAACCAUCUUCUGACUAAAAACCUCUGGAAAGAUCCGUCCUGUUGCUCACAUGUAAGCUACUCUCAGCCCAGAUCUCACAGCUGAAAUGAAAGAAGCUCCUCCCACAGCUUCGGUGUGGCGGUUGUUGUUUGAGUUUAAGGCCGUAGGACCUGAACCGUAUUAAGAGUUACACAUUUAUUUUUAAUAUAUUUCAGUUAUUUGCCAAAAUCAAAUGUAGAAAUCUUCAGCAUCAGAUGAAUUCAAAUCAAGCAUAAUCAGGUGUAAUGCCUCCUGUUCUGCAUUGUCCUCUUUUAGUUGACGCUUCCCGCCUUCAGAUGGACACACCUAAUGUUCCCUUAACGUCAUAAGGCCUCUGGACCUUUUCACACGUCUUCAUGGAGUUUCCUGUUACGCCCCUGUCUGGGAAAUGUAAAACGUUGUAACGUAAAGGUCAAAAGAAGAAAUUAAACAUCUUAAAGACCCACUCUGAUGCAAAUGGAGUUUUGGGUGUUUUUAACAAGUUCUUGUACCAUUUUUCAGAUGAUGGAGGACAUAUAUUGGGAAAAUGAAGCUCAAAAGUGCAUUUCUGAGUGUUUCUUUAUUUACAUUGUUGUGGAAAAGAUCGUAUUUUGUCGAUCAGGCCACAUGCCUCCUGCUCGGCUCCAUUCCGAUCAUCCACUGUCAGACAAAUAGAUCCGUGAACGUCUUUGUUUUCCUCGUCCAAGCUGGAAUGUGGAUCUAAACUUUACGGCUCUGAAAUUGCUGCCAUUUUUGUGCCUCCAUUAAUGUCAGGUUAGGGGUGUGAGGGGCUGUAAGCUUGCAGAAAAGCAUGUAAACAGGGAACUCUCAGCAAUAGAGAGGGGAGGGGAGGGGCAGGUUUGCUCCAAGGCAACGGUCUCUGCCACAACGCGGGGGCGAAUCUCUGCAGAAACUGUCACUGUUUUUAAUUCAAAUAAUAAAAUAAUCAUAAUUUAAAAUAAAAAAACACUGCGAAGGCUUUGAAAAUGGAUCCAAAAAAUAUCAGAGUGGGACUUAAUGACUCUAAUUUUUUAACAAUUAACUCAGGAAUGAAAAUAAUAUUUAUAUUUCUAAAUCUUUAUUAAAAUGACCAAACUUUACUUGGAAAAAGAACAGAAGAAAUCAGCCGAGUUAAACUUGCAUGUCAACAUUUAAGUUCAGCUAAGAAGUCUGGCAACGUCUCACCACAGUAAUCAAUCAGUACAUGCAGGAGCCCCAAAUGACCAAAGUCUCCAGAACACUGACUGACGUUGGCUUCAUUGGACCCAUGAAACCACAAGACUUCGAUUGAUUCUGCAGGUUCCUCUGAGCAGAAACCUGCAGAAACCUUCCCAAACGGGCAAAAACCCUGCAGCUCUGCUUGGGUUCGUCAUUGUGGAUCUGAUGCGUGUUGGAGGAACAUCUGCAGUGGGUGCGAUAUAAUUAACUCCGAAGUACACAGAAAAUCCAGAUUAAGAGUACAGCCGUGCUGGGAGGAAGUACUUAGGCACAGCAGGGUUUUCACUUAAAGCGAAUGUCAGCAGACGCUGAAACUCUCCUUUGGCUCGGUUGCGUUUGUCUGUUCAGCAGGUAAAAGGUCUGCGGUGCUUACAUUACUAUUCAGCUGAAACCUGUGUGAGAAAAUAUUCUGGGAUGACAUUCUGAAACCUUUCAUUUUUUUAGUCUGCACCACGCUUAGGUUUCUGCUACAGAACCUGGACCUGCAGAUGUUUGGACCUCUUAUGAGGAAAUGAAAGCCUUUUAACUCGUUUCUCUUCAUUUUGACCUGAAAUUCAGCACAAACUCUGGAGUAUCAGCUUUCGUUUUCCAGCCUGGCCUGCUAUAAUCCCUGCAGCAGCCAAUCUCACAGACACACUCAGCCAGCCUGCUGAUAGUGUGCCUCUCUGCACACUUCAUCCAGUCCAAGUGCAUAAUUGCAAAAAAUGUUCCCAGACUCUCUUUGGGCAGCAUGCAUCUGGGGUGGGAGGGGUUGUGAUUAUUUCAGUGCCUUGUCAGGUGAAUUGAAAUUAGUGUUAAAUCCUCCAGGAGUCGGAGGCUUUGGAAAUGUGAGUAAAGGAAGCAGUGGCUCACGCGCCUUCGCCGAUGUUAAUUUCUUUGUUCUAAAACACACAUUCAGCCUUCAUUAGCUUCCACUGUUGGCAGCAGAGAAAGACUGCAGGAGAUGUAUCGGUGUGUGUUUGUUGGAGAAUUGGACCAUCCAUCUCUAUCACCCAGAGCCACCCAGGCCUGCCACUGCAAAUAAGGCCAGCUCUCUCUUUCUUCCCUCCCUCGGUGGAAGUGUUCAGGAGGAUGAUGAAAGGUCGCGAACUGACCAGACGCAACGUUUAAACUCCAGACGGACGAAAGCGUCUCACUCCGCCCUGAUCUGCGGCGCCCACGUGGACGUUGCGUCCACAAACAUCCACGUGAUCCUGGGGAGAGAUGGAAAACCAAAAGAUGCAGGAAUUGUGUGUCUGUUUUUGUUUUUUUAUGUGCUACUAUCCAGGAAUAAACACCGAUUCAAAAAC